UCAUGCAUUUCUUCUCUGGUAAACCCUCUGGAUUGUUAAAUCAUGCAUUUCUUCUCUGGUAAACCCUCUGGAUUGGUUAAUCAUGCAUUUCUUCUCUGGUAAACCCUCUGGUUUGUUAAAUCUCAUCCUUUUCACAUUAUAUGGCUGUGACCUUAACUGUCCCUGGUUGGGUGCAGAAGACCUCCCUUCACUGAGUCAGUGUCCAGGCAGGUUGCCAACGAGAGCCAGUGUCUAUUACUGGGAGUCACCAGUAGUAGACACAAGACUUCCAUAUGACAGGACACUGUUAUUGAACAUGUUGUUAUAGUAUUUUGUGUCUUGGCUGUGAUCUAGCUAUCAUGGAUACAUUUUUAUUUUCCUGACCUUAUCCCAAAAUGCUGUUGUAACAUUAUCCUGUGUCCCUGUUCAGAGUGCUGUUCUAACAUUAUGCCGUGUCCCUGUUCAGAGUGCUGUUCUAACAUUAUCCUGUGUCCCUGUUCAGAGUGCUGUUCUAACAUUAUCCCGUGUCCCUGUUCAGAGUGCUGUUCUAACAUUAUCCUGUGUCCCUGUUCAGAGUGCUGUUCUAACAUUAUCCCGUGUCCCUGUUCAGAGUGCUGUUCUAACAUUAUCCCGUGUCCCUGUUCAGAGUGCUGUUCUAACAUUAUCCCGUGUCCCUGUUCAGAGUGCUGUUCUAACAUUAUCCCGUGUCCCUGUUCAGAGUGCUGUUCUAACAUUAUGCCGUGUCCCUGUUCAGAGUGCUGUUCUAACAUUAUGCCGUGUCCCUGUUCAGAGUGCUGUUCUAACAUUAUCCCGUGUCCCUGUUCAGAGUGCUGUUCUAACAUUAUCCUGUGUCCCUGUUCAGAGUGCUGUUCUAACAUUAUCCCGUGUCCCUGUUCAGAGUGCUGUUCUAACAUUAUCCCGUGUCCCUGUUCAGAGUGCUGUUCUAACAUUAUCCCGUGUCCCUGUUCAGAGUGCUGUUCUAACAUUAUCCCUUGUCCCUGUUCAGAGUGCCGUGUGCGUGACGGAGUGAAGGGAAUUCAUUUGACUGUGAACCGGGAUGGGAAGCCCAACGGCCAGGCCUUCAUCGAGCUGGAGAAUGAAGAGGACGUCAGCAAAGCCCUUGAAAAACACAGACAGUAUCUGGGACGGCGCUACAUUGAAGUGAGUGAGGUGACCAACAGUGAUGCGGAGGCCAUCCUGAAGAAGACCAUUCAGCUGCCCGCCAAGGAUGGAGUGGUGCGACUCCGAGGUCUACCCUACAGUUGCACAGAGACAGACAUCCUGCUGUUCUUCGCAGGCCUGGAUGUGGCGGAGGAUGGGGUGACCCUGACGACAGACUACAGAGGAAGGAAAACAGGGGAGGCUUAUGUCCAGUUUCUGACCCAGGAGCAGGCAGACCAGGCCCUGACCAAAGACAGGGAGCUCAUAGGAAACAGGUACAUCGAGGUGUUCCCCAGUAACAGGAAUGAGAUCGGAGGUCGGAGGAAAGCUGAGGCUGUUGAGGAUGGCAGAGUCUCCCGACCAAGUCAACCUGACAGAGCUGUAGUACAACCCAGAGAGCCCAGACAGACAGACAGACAUGAAGCCAGUCCAAUGUCUUCUCAUCACUUUGUCCACAUGAGGGGUCUGCCGUACUCAGCCACAGGACAGGACAUCGCUCAGUUCUUCUAUCCCUUAGCACUGUCUAAAAUCCUAUUAGAGUUUGGUCCUGACGGUAAAGCCACUGGAGAGGGAGAAGUUUAUUUCACCUCUCACGAAGACGCCAUCGCAGCAAUGACCCGGGACAAGGCACACAUGCAAGAACGUUACAUCGAGUUGUUCCUAAACUCAGCAGGUCCGACUGAGGGAGAAUGAAUGUUACCAGGUGAAUGUGGUCCGGAUGGCUGUUCUCUUCAACGCUGUACAAAAACUCAUCUGCAUCAGUGUAACUGUUGAUAAUCUCUGCUUCAGCCGCAAGGAUGGAAGCAAGUCCCAAAAUAAAGACAUUCCUGCCCAAGUGAAAAA